GUGUGUGUGUGUGUGUGUGUGUGUGUGUGUGUGUGUGUGUGUUCUUGUACUUGCUGCUGAGUGAGGACUUGCUACAGUUUUUAACCCACAGUGUGAGGUCUAUUUUGGGAAGUGAGGACAUUUAGGCUAGUCCUCACUUUGAGUUGAUUGAAAUCAACUCCCAAGACCAUAUAGAUGCUACCCUAGCAGUUUCAAAGCAGUCCUCAUUUUUGUACAAAUUCAUGGUUUUUACUCUGGAACGUUCACACUGAUUUUGCUCCGGAGCUCCCCUGGUGUAUGAUUACAGAACUGCAACAAAAAUUUUCACACUGAUUUACUCCGGAGCUCCCCUGGUGUAUGAAUACGGUACUGCACCUUAAUUACAUAGGAGUUACUAAGCAGACCCUCUCCAUGAGUGCUGCAGUUUAAUAGACUUCAUUUUAUUCAACACAUGAUAUAAGAAGUUAUUUAAAACUGUAAAUAAAGAGUAAUAACAAGUGCAUAUUUACCAGUAUUCAGUAAUAAGAAUAUUUUAUGAGAGCAGCCUGAUUAAAAAAUAAAAAACAUCAGAGAUAUGACUCACAUUCAUUAAGUUUUAAACACUAAAGUUAAAUAAUGCAACAACUCUGUAUUAUUUGUUUAAAUGAAAAUAAAAAAGUGAAAAAAUUCAGAUAUGAUUAAGUAUUUACAGUAAAUGCAUGGUAUCCUUUUUUCUGGAGAAACAAGGCAAUGUUUACUGAAAGUCUUUAUUAACAGUAGCAUACCUGCGGAUGCUUGCUUUAAGAACUAAAAUAUUACAAUUUCCUAUGAAAGUUCUUAUGCAAUGAUUCAUUAUUAUAUAAUAAUUCAUUCAUUAUACGUAAUUUCCGGGACAAACUAUGUGUUAAUUGGCAAUUCAGUGAACAUUUUAGUGUCAGAGGAGGGCCUUAAAUGGACCCCCUGCACAGAGGAGGCUGAAACUUUAGUAUGUUGUUCUGCUCAUCUUAGGGAUCAUUUUUGUUUUGGUUUGACCUCCCUGACUGCCUCCUGUCCCAUCCACAGACCCCGAACAUUUUCAAUCCAAUGCUAAUAAAUGCUACAGGCAAAGCCUCAGAACUCUGUCAUCAUAGCUUCAAAUGAGCUGAAACUUCUGUCAUACAUGCAGGACCCUGUUAGGAACAUGCAUGUGUAGUUCCAUAUCUGUAUCUGCUUCAGGAGCUAAAUGAGAAGACAAUAGCAAACAGGUACGUGGACUUAGCUUUUAGCAUAAAUUAGGUCUCAAAUAGUUUCAAAUAAGCCUUUCUAAGGUGUUUUAGACCCCAGGCCUGCUCUCAAAGCACUUAGCAUGGAGUGAGGAGUGACUCCUGAUGAUUUUGAUGCCUUCAACUCUGCAUUUGGGGUUCUACGGGUCUCAUUUGACUGUGUGAGGCCUACUUGUAGUGAUGAAGCCUGCCUGUUUUGACCCUGUUGCUUUUUUGGUGUCAUUUGGCCUCUGAUGCAUCUACAGAUAUAAAAAUUGAUCUAUGACACCUUUGGAAAUCAUAGAAUCAUAUUCCGGUGGAACCAAGUCUGUGGCCCCUCCCAAACAGGAAGUAGCCAACAAAAGAGCGUAGAGCCAUGAUAUUGCACAUAAUUUUUUCUUCCCAAAGUCUGAAUACCCACAGAAAAUUUCAGCUCAUUUGAAGUUAUUUUGACCUGAUUUUUGACAUUUAAUGUUGCAAAAAAAGUGACAGUCUAAUCAGCUCCUGUUCGGGUUUCUUAAAACCCAGGGGUCUGAAACUACCAGGAUAGACUUGUCUGAGGCCUAAGAAUACGUGUGUGAAAUUUGGUGAAUGUGGCACAUUCACAAGUCCUUAAUUAGAUCCAAAACCAUGUUCACUUGACGAACCCUCUCAGGGUCAAUGCAUGACACAGCAUCAUUUUUUCUAGUUUCAGAGGAGGGCCUUAAAUGGACCCCCUGCACAGAGGAGGCUGAAACUUUAGUAUGUUGUUCUGCUCAUCUUAGGGAUCAUUUUUGUUGUGGUUUGAUCUUCCUGACUGCCUCCUGUCCCAUCCACAGACCCCGAACAUUUUCAAUCCAAUGCUAAUAUAUGCUACAGGCAAAGCCUCAUAACUCUGUCAUCAUAGCUUCAAAUGAGCUGAAGUUUCUGUCAUACAUGCAGGACUCUGCUAGGAACAUGCAUGUGUAGUUCCAUAUCUGUAUCUGCUUCAGGAGCUAAAUGAGAAGACAAAAGCAAACAGGUAUGUGGACUUAGCUUUUAGCAUAAAUUAGGUCUCAAAUAGUUUCAAAAAAGCCUUUCUAAGGUGUUUUAGACCCCAGGCCUGCUCUCAAAGCACUUAGCAUGGAGUGAGGAGUGACUCCUGAUGAUUUUGAUGCCUUCAACUGUUCAUUUGGUGUUCUAGGGGUCUCAUUUGACUGUGUGAGGCCUACUUGUAGUGAUGAAGCCUGCCUGUUUUGACCCUGUUGCUUUUUUGGUGUCAUUUGGCCUCUGAUGCAUCUACAGAUAUAAAAAUUGAUCUAUGACACCUUUGGAAAUCAUAGAAUCAUAUUCCGGUGGAACCAAGUCUGUGGCUCCUCCCAGACAGGAAGUAGCCAACAAAAGAGCGUAGAGCCAUGAUAUUGCACAUAAUUUUUUCUUCCCAAAGUCUGAAUACCCACAGAAAAUUUCAGCUCAUUUGAGGUUAUUUUGACCUGAUUUUUGACAUUUAAUGUUGCAAAAAAAUUGACAGUCUAAUCAGCUCCUGUUCGGGUCUCUUAAAACCCAGGGGUCUGAAACUACCAGGAUAGACUCUUCUGAGGCCUAAGAAUACGUGUGUGAAAUUUGGUGAAUGUGGCACAUUCACAAGUCCUUAAUUAGAUCCAAAACCAUGUUCACUUGACGAACCCUCUCAGGGUCAAUGCAUGACACAGCAUCAUUUUUUCUAGUUUCAGAGGAGGGCCUUAAAUGGACCCCCUGCACUGAGGAGGCUGAAACUUCAGUAUGUUGUUCUGCUCAUCUUAGGGAUCAUUUUUGUUGUGGUUUGAUCUUCCUGACUGCCUCCUGUCCCAUCCACGGACCCCGAACAUUUUCAAUCCAAUGCUAAUAAAUGCUACAGGCAAAGCCUCAUAACUCUGUCAUCAUAGCUUCAAAUGAGCUGAAAUUUCUGUCAUACAUGCAGGACCCUGUUAGGAACAUGCAUGUGUAGUUCCAUAUCUGUAUCUGCUUCAGGAGCUAAAUGAGAAGACAAUAGCAAACAGGUACGUGGACUUAGCUUUUAGCAUAAAUUAGGUCUCAAAUAGUUUCAAAUAAGCCUUUCUAAGGUGUUUUAGACCCCAGGCCUGCUCUCAAAGCACUUAGCAUGGAGUGAGGAGUGACUCCUGAUGAUUUUGAUGCCUUCAACUCUGCAUUUGGGGUUCUACGGGUCUCAUUUGACUGUGUGAGGCCUACUUGUAGUGAUGAAGCCUGCCUGUUUUGACCCUGUUGCUUUUUUGGUGUCAUUUGGCCUCUGAUGCAUCUACAGAUAUAAAAAUUGAUCUAUGACACCUUUGGAAGUCAUAGAAUCAUAUUCCGGUGGAACCAAGUCUGUGGCCCCUCCCAAACAGGAAGUAGCCAACAAAAGAGCGUAGAGCCAUGAUAUUGCACAUAAUUUUUUCUUCCCAAAGUCUGAAUACCCACAGAAAAUUUCAGCUCAUUUGAAGUUAUUUUGACCUGAUUUUUGACAUUUAAUGUUGCAAAAAAAGUGACAGUCUAAUCAGCUCCUGUUCGGGUUUCUUAAAACCCAGGGGUCUGAAACUACCAGGAUAGACUUGUCUGAGGCCUAAGAAUACGUGUGUGAAAUUUGGUGAAUGUGGCACAUUCACAAGUCCUUAAUUAGAUCCAAAACCAUGUUCACUUGACGAACCCUCUCAGGGUCAAUGCAUGACACAGCAUCAUUUUUUCUAGUUUAAGAGGAGGGCCUUAAAUGGACCCCCUGCACUGAGGAGGCUGAAACUUCAGUAUGUUGUUCUGCUCAUCUUAGGGAUCAUUUUUGUUGUGGUUUGAUCUUCCUGACUGCCUCCUGUCCCAUCCACGGACCCCGAACAUUUUCAAUCCAAUGCUAAUAUAUGCUACAGGCAAAGCCUCAUAACUCUGUCAUCAUAGCUUCAAAUGAGCUGAAACUUCUGUCAUACAUGCAGGACCCUGUUAGGAACAUGCAUGUGUAGUUCCAUAUCUGUAUCUGCUUCAGGAGCUAAAUGAGAAGACAAAAGCAAACAGGUAUGUGGACUUAGCUUUUAGCAUAAAUUAGGUCUCAAAUAGUUUCAAAUAAGCCUUUCUAAGGUGUUUUAGACCCCAGGCCUGCUCUCAAAGCACUUAGCAUGGAGUGAGGAGUGACUCCUGAUGAUUUUGAUGCCUUCAACUGUUCAUUUGGUGUUCUAGGGGUCUCAUUUGACUGUGUGAGGCCUACUUGUAGUGAUGAAGCCUGCCUGUUUUGACCCUGUUGCUUUUUUGGUGUCAUUUGGCCUCUGAUGCAUCUACAGAUAUAAAAAUUGAUCUAUGACACCUUUGGAAGUCAUAGAAUCAUAUUCCGGUGGAACCAAGUCUGUGGCUCCUCCCAAACAGGAAGUAGCCAACAAAAGAGCGUAGAGCCAUGAUAUUGCACAUAAUUUUUUCUUCCCAAAGUCUGAAUACCCACAGAAAAUUUCAGCUCAUUUGAAGUUAUUUUGACCUGAUUUUUGACAUUUAAUGUUGCAAAAAAAGUGACAGUCUAAUCAGCUCCUGUUCGGGUUUCUUAAAACCCAGGGGUCUGAAACUACCAGGAUAGACUCGUCUGAGGCCUAAGAAUACGUGUGUGAAAUUUGGUGAAUGUGGCACAUUCACAAGUCCUUAAUUAGAUCCAAAACCAUGUUCACUUGACGAACCCUCUCAGGGUCAAUGCAUGACACAGCAUCAUUUUUUCUAGUUUCAGAGGAGGGCCUUAAAUGGACCCCCUGCACAGAGGAGGCUGAAACUUUAGUAUGUUGUUCUGCUCAUCUUAGGGAUCAUUUUUGUUGUGGUUUAAUCUUGCCGACUGCCUCCUGUCCCAUCCACGGACCCCGAACAUUUUCAAUCCAAUGCUAAUAAAUGCUACAGGCAAAGCCUCAUAACUCUGUCAUCAUAGCUUCAAAUGAGCUGAAAUUUCUGUCAUACAUGCAGGACCCUUUUAGGAACAUGCAUGUGUAGUUCCAUAUCUGUAUCUGCUUCAGGAGCUAAAUGAGAAGAUAAAAGCAAACGGGUGUUGUGUGGACAUAGCUUUUAGGAUAAAUUAGGUCUCAAAUAGUUUAUUUGGGCUAUAAAUUAACCCCCAGUUAUUUAUUCAGGAGUCUAGGUGCCUUAUAUGACUGUGAGAGGGCUACCUGUAGUUAUGAAGCUUACCUGUUUUGACCCUGAUGCUUUUUGGUGCUAUUUGUAUAUAAAUUGACAGUCUGAUUUGCUCCUGUUUGCCCCUAUGACCUCCAGAAUAUUUUUGUGUACUUAAGCAUUGAACGGUUGGAUUUCUAUAAGAUUUCCUAAUUCACUCGUGUGGCCAAAAUUAUGCGGUAACAUGCUGACCUCUGAAAAGGUUUUUUUUUUCAUGUGAUUGAAAUGACACAGGGUUUAGUUUCAUUUACUCUCAUUUAAUAUAAAUUAUUAACUUAAUAAUGAAAAUUAUUAACCCUAAUCAAUUUUAAAACAAAUAUUUGCUCUUUAUAUAUUUUUGUGUACAUUUUGUAUAUAAUUUUUGUCUACAAUUGCAAUAAAAUAGUAUUCUUUGUGAUUGUUAAUAACAGUAGUUGAUGGUAACAUACAUACACAUUAAUUUCCCUCUGUGGAUAAACAGGAGAUCAUAAAUAAGCUUAAACUUCCAGCUCUGAUCAUACAAACUUAAAGUCCUCACUAGGACUUUUUUCUACAUGGCUUCAUGCUCACUCUUCAUGUCUGUUCGAUACCAGCUCCAGAUUUCUGCUCCCCUCCCCCACAACUGUGUAAUAACUCAAAGUCCUCACUACGACUUUUUUUCUACACGAGUUCAUGCUCACUUUUCAUGUCUGUUCGGAUACCAGCUGCAGAUUUCUUCUCCCCCUCCCCCACCACAGUUUACAGCGCGGCAACCAAUUAUCCAAUCAGAGCGCUCGGUGAGGGGGUGUGUGGCCAAAACAUGAAACUUUUUCAGACAGUGACAGUCUGAAGAGGAUACGCUGGAUUCGAAUUAAUCACCAUAAAAGUGAAAGGAUACAUCAGGAAAGUCAGGUAAGAAACGAUUUUUUUUUAUUUAAGUAAAAUAAAAAUUAAGUAAAUGUUUUUAAGGGUAAAUUUUUUUUAUAUAUAGAUAGUUUAAAUAACAUGGUUGAGUUGUGGGGUUCUGAGACUGAUGAGCUGCUGUUUUACUCUAAUUUUUCUUGUUUUAAAUAAUAAGUCAGAUAUUUUGAGCUCUGUGGAUCUUAUUUUGAGCUCGUUAUUAUAGUGUAGUUAGACAGAGCGAGCUUGGCUGUUGGCAUGAACGUUAGCCGUCUGCUGCGGUGUGUGCACACUCAUUCUUGUUCACUACUCAGUUUGGCGUUUGCACGGUAUGAUUAAGAGAGAAGUUGUUUUUUUUUAAAUCUUCGUUUCUGUGUGACCAGAGUUUAGAUGGGCUGAUGACAGACAGACAGACAGUCAGUCGGUCAAACAGACAGUCAGACAGACAGAUAGACAUUGUUUCCAAAGUGUUCAUCUGAGCCUCAGAUAAGUGUAAAGUUAAAUCAGAUAUAUAUCAUAUUAUGAGUUACAUUAUAUGUCUAACGGUUAGAGAUAAAUUUUUAGUAAUUUUUCAGCUACUUAAACAGAGAGAAGAUGAGCCCUGGGCUUAUCUCCCUGUUUUUAGAGGAAUACUCCAGAAUUAUCUGGUUUGUUGUCAAUAAAUGAUCUAGAAUUAUCUGGUUUGUUGUCAAUAAAUGAUCUAGAAUUAUCUGGUUUAUUAUCAAUAAAUGAUCUAGAAUUGUCUGGUUUAUUAAGGAUAAAUCAUCAGCAGUUUAUUAUUGAUAAUUUAUCUGUUUUCUAUUUACUGAAUCACCCACAAUUAUCUGGUUUAUAUCUAAUAAAUCAUUUAAAAUUAUUUGGUUUAUUGAUAAUAAACGAUCUAGAAUAGUCUGGUUUGUUUUUAAUUAGUUGUCUAGAAUUAUCUUAUUGUUCAAUCAUUAGGAAUUUUCUGUUUUAUAUCAGGAAUGCUACGGUUCAUUAUUGAUGGAUUAAUAUGUUUCUUUAAAUGCAGUAAAAUAGUAUUCUUUGUGAUUGUUAGUAAUAGUAGUUGAUGGUAACAUACAAACACACAUUAAUUUCCCUCUGUAGAUAAACAGUAGAUCGUGAAUAAGCUUUAACUUCCAGCUCUGAUCAUACAAACUCACUAUGACUUUUUUUCUACAUAGGCUCAUGCUCAUUCUUUAUGUCUGGUCAGUUACCAGCUGCAGAUUUCUGCUCCCCUCCCCCACCACAGUUCACAGCACAUCAACCAGUUAUGUAAUAGUUAAUAAUGUUAAAAGUAAUUAACAUGAAAGGAUGAAAUAACACGUUUGUAUUUAAUAAAUCAUCUUGAGAUUAUGGUUUGCUUAACAUACAGCUUACACAAUUUGUAUAACACUCCAGACUUGGUAAUGUAGUGAGUGCUAAAAUGCUUAGAUAGCUACAGAAAUGUGCACUAUUAGACGCUUGAGGUAAUUAAACACACUCACAGGAUGGUAAGUUGACUGAUAAGAAUUGGAGAUGAUCAUCAUUUUCUCCGAUGAUUUUCUUUCUUUGAUAUCUGUGCCAAAACUGACAAAAAUGUUCCCUUUGUUAAUAUUGUAUUAAAAACAUAUCUAAUAAUUUAAAUAAAACCAUACACUAGAAUUUGUAAACAUUUUGACUUAUUUCUAUAUUUUUCUAUCUUCAGGAUCCACAGCCAACACAACCCUGGGCUCAGUACCACGCCGAGACAGGAGGCGCUCAACUGCCAACGAAAAAAUGGGUCAACUUAGAGAUAUGAUGAUGAAGCUGAUGGCAAGGCUGAGGAAGAUGUGGGUAAGUCCAUACUCUGGAAACAUUUGCCGUGCAUUUAACACCUAGGCCUUCAGUGCCGUUCCACUUAGUCCUACCUUAAUUAAUACACUUAAUAAUACCAUUAAUCUGACAUCAUGGCAUGAGAAUCCAUCAGAAUCACGCUUAAACCCUGCAUCACCUAAAUAUGGGCUAGUCAAGCAACACAUAAUUCCCAGAGUAUAUAAAACCAAUAAACACACAUUCACAGCUAAGAGUAGGAAACUAAGAUCACAGAUACUGUCAAAACUCACAAAUAAAAGGCGAUUUUAAGAUGUAAGUCAACAAAGGGCCACCAAAAGUACACUAUGUGAGCUAAAACAAGUUUGUCCAAUAAAUUGCUCAUUGUCACCAUUAAAGAUAUAAAGCUUGCACUCACCAGUACGGAUCUCCUCCGCAGGGCCUGCUUAUUUGAAAAUAAAAUCUGUCCUCCUUUCUUUUCUUAAGAGGACUUCACUGGCUGUGUUGUACAGUUUAUCUGUGCAUUUCAGUUCCAUCGAUAAGACCUUUUCUGUGGCCACGGAGGCUUAUGCUGUCUGUCAUGUUUCUAUACAGAGAAAUACAGCGAUAGCUGUUGGUAGCUAACAGAUCUCUGGUUUAGUUCGAGGUUUUGCGAAGUACUGCCUUUUAGGUUCUAAUGAGUGCUUAUCCAAUCACAGGAUGCGUACAUGUCCAGUUCAGACCUUCUAGCUGUAUAUAUAUGUAUAGAUAUAUAUAUAUAUAUAUAUGAAACUGUGACAGGUCCAUCUAAAGUCACCUUUGCGGUCUCUCUUAGGAGAAGUCCAGGAGUGCAGCAAGACCAGCUUUGAAGAAGAGACAGAAGUUUGCAAAAAGACGAGCAAAUGAUUGGAGUAAGUCCAGACCUAGAAACACCAGUAAGCCUUUUUUUAGAGUCAGUACUUUUAAUUUCAGGUGUCUCCUUUGUUUUCUCAUGUGAAGAGGGACAUUGGUUGACUGGAACAGGACCAUCUAACAAGACACCGAAGUCUGCGGCUAAGCCAUGGGAUGAAGGUGAGUGUGAGGAUGAAUGUGGUAGGUCCAAGUUUCUUUUGUAAACGUAGGUUAUGAAGUAAAAACCAAACUUGACUUGGGUCAGUUCUCUUCUUAUUGUCUAUGUUAUUGAGCAGGUCUAAAAGAGUUCAUUGGAUUUGUUUUUUUAAAGUUCUGUGGUGUUGCCGAGCACUGUCAGUCCAUCCUGUAUUUCUGCAGCCAUGGAGCCACGUUUCUAAUGUCAAGUUUACUUAAGCUAGUAGCAAGAAGAACAAAAGGAAUUUUCCACCAAGAUGAGCAGUUAUUUCCCUUUCUUCAGACCAUUAAAUGUUAAUUUAAUUAUAGUGUUAAAGUGAAAGGGAAACAUUGAAAUAAGUUCAUUUUUAACUAAAAAGUGAGCAGUGAUGCACUAUUACAUGUGGACAUUAGUGCUAUAAUUGUCUACUUAUUCAUAUAGAAUUGUUGACCAGUACAGAAGUAUUUGUCCUCCUCACAUUCAGGAAAAUGGUCAGCACCCAUGUGGAACUACUAUACUGCUCUGAGUUUCCACACAGGGCUGCUAAGCGGUUGCAAAAAACACACUCAGCUCAGAACAUCAAAGCAGCGAUAAAUUUAAACAUCCAUGUACAGGAGAAGCAAGAGUUUAAAGACCCACUGCCUAUUUUACUGCCUCCUGUUAGUGAACAUCUUAGUUUCACAUUUUAAAACAAUCUUGGACACAGACGAGGAGACGAGAGACAAAUACACAAAUGUUCAGACUAACUCUUAAAGCAGAUAUGUCACUCUUUUCUAUUCUCUCCUUCAUAAUAACUUCAGCAGCAGCAUCUCUCUGAACAAUCACAAUAAAACAUGGUGGAUUAUCUCAUAAUAAUAAAUUAAAUAAUAGAGCUAUGAUCAGAAAAAACAAACACACAGUUGCAGGACACAGCAGCAAGGUUUAACUUUCAAACUUUGUAAAACCCUUUAAGUGGAUUUACACUGAAAAUGCAGUUAAAGUUUGGUGUUCAUACUAGAUGCAUGAAACAUUUGAGAUCACAAGGUAAAUGUAUUUUGCCAUAAUCUUUGAAAAUAGUUGUAAACUGCUCCACAAACAGGACCCUGCGUGAAGCUGUGAGACUAACUAAAAUACCUGUGUCAGCAUUAUAGUCUGUCUUUAUUGUUCAUCGGAGCUUCAGGCGAAGCAGAACGACCUGACUCCAAAACGAAGUGUUUCAGACAGAGGCUGAAAAAACGAUAUCUAGAUACACAAGAGUGAGAAAUUUUAGGCUUUUUGAUCUGAAAAUCACGUAAAACUAUUGAAGAGAUAUCAGAAAAGGAGUAUAGAAUCUGAGAAAAACUGCACGACACCCCCCCUUUAAAUUUAUGCUCCAAAUCAAAAAGCUGUUAAAUGAAUACUUCAGUAUUUCCAUUAACACAAUUAUUUUACAUUCUAUUUAUCAAAAUGUUUGUGUUUACAUGUUUGGAUUUGUCUUGAUGUAUUCACCAGAGCUGUGCAUGCUGAAGAGACCAUAGUUGGUGUGAGACAUUGUCGCUCCUUUUAGACAUCGUUUAAAUCCAUUCAGGAUUUUCCCGCAGUCUGAGUGCCAGCCUUCUGUCUAGCUUUGCUCUGUCUCUGUAGUUUAUGAAUCCAAAAUAAAGCCACACCUCUGUUGUAAAGUUUGAGAUGUCUAAAGCGCAGCUGCUGGUUCCACCAUGUUUAUUUGGGGCAUAGAAAGCAAAUCUUGUUGCGCAGAAUUUUGACUUGUGAGAGGAGUAAUUGUCAGGAAAAGGAAGAUUAAAAGAUCACUCUCUGGACUAAAUGAAUUGAAGAAUAAGAAUCAAUUUAAAUAAAUCAAAUCCAGUCCUAGUUUCUAUAAAUAUGUGAAUCUGUACUCAGAUCAGCUUCUUUGUUCUCUGUCUUACAGGUGCUUCAAAAGGACGAACUAAAAGACCAUGGUCAAAGGAGGAGAAGGCUGCAGUCCUCCGAAGCAUGGCUAAACUUGUGGCUUUGAAGAGGGUCCUUGCAAAAGUCAAAUUGCAGCAGCACAUUGGAAAGAAGUCGCCAACCCUCAGCAAUCGGACAUGGCAAGACAUCAAGUACUCUGUUUACAGUAAAAUCAAAACAGCAAAGCGAAAUCUGUUUAAGUGUGAAAGGUUCAGGUCCACUUCAUGGUUUUGAGGUUGUGGUUUUAUGUUAUAAGGGAAGAAGUUGACAGAUUUAUAAAAAAAUAAAAGUUCUCAGUUGUUCUACACUUCCUGUCUUUUAUUCAGUUUGUGAGCCCUUCUGCUAUUUCAGUGUCAUAGAUGGAUCUGUUGGUGUUUCUCAACAAAGUUAUCUAAUCUUACUAUAAACAGCUUCUCCUUCAUUUUUUUGAGGGGGAAGUUAAGGAAUAUUUUCAUUUCUGUUACGAGCUCAAUUAGAUUUUUUUUUCCCCAACAUCUUCCUAGAGUUGGGGAGGUAAAAAAAUGGUCUACAAAAGUUUGGAUUAUUACUUUUUUAUAUUAAAAACUACAAAUCAAUCACACUUAUCCUUCCUAAUCAGAAUAAAUUCACUGUAUUUAUUAAUUCGUUUGAUAUGACUGAGACCAAGUUCGGUCCUCACUCUGUCAGCUAAAAUCUUUUUUUGAAAAACUUGCUAAUUCAUGUAAACUCAGUGAAUGUAUAGGUCAAGGGUGCCCUCCAGUGUCCUAAAUGAUGUUUUUCAUGUUUCUAAGUUAAACAGAACUGGUAGUCCUCGCUUUGUGGGUCUUUUGUCAUAGACCUCACAAAGCAGCAAGUACAAGAAUGUGUGUGUGUGUAUGUGUGUGUGUGUGUGUGUGUGUGUGUGUGUCUUAA